UCGGAAGUGGGAGGAAACACGGAUUGCUUGGCCACUGUCGUGUACUUGGGUGAGGGUAUUAUUAUUAGGAAGAAAAUGGCAGCAGUUAUAGGAAAUCCAGGAAGUUCCCAACCCAUCCUAUUCCCCACUCGUGUGCCCCCUGAAGUCCAAACACUAGCGAAAGCAGCCAAUAAGAUGGACAAACCAUUGUUUCGCAAGAUGAUCAAAUUGGCUCUGGGGUAUCUGCAGGAAACUCUAACUCCAGAAGAAUGUGAGGCAAGUAUGCAGCAGUUGUGUGAAUCCAGUAGCCCUUCAGUAACUGAAGAAACUGUAAUGAAUGUAAGCAUACAGUAUGCAGGUGUUAUUACAUUACUAAGGACAGCACUGAGGAUAAAUACAGUAACAACUCGACAAGACAUGCUGGUUGUGGAUCUUAAAAAUCUUGGGUUGCCAGAGGAAUUUGCUUCAGAUGUCUGUAAGGUUGUGUAUGGUCCUGCUCGUCCCGAUAUAGACUGCCAGCUGAUUGCUGCUUCCCCAUCACUUCCACAUUUGAGUAAUCUUGAGUGGAGAGUAGAAGUCACAAUUUCCACUAGCUGGUUGUCUCGUGUACUGGAGCCUGUUGUUAUGAUGAGGAUGAGUACAAGUGAUGGAGCCCUGCACACAUUUCAAGUUCCCCUCUCAAAGUUUCAUCAACUUAGGUUUACUGUUGCCAAUCUUCUACGACAGAUGGAGGCUCUAAAAGAAUCACCCCUUUGUAAAAAGUAGUUUCCCAAUUAUGAUGUGUGUUGCUUGGAAUGUGCAAAACACCUUUGUUUAUUGCCAGGUUAAGUGAUUUAAUGUUUAAGUCUCAAUCGUUAUGGGUUAAAUAAAUAAGUGUAUUUAUAAAGCUUAAUUUUACUAUGCAUUCCAAAAUCUGCCAAAAAAUCGGUUUUGUAAUUUUGGAUAGGAGUUAAUUUAUUCUUUAUAUUGGAAUUCAUAUUUAAUUCCAAACAUUAAAAUACUAGUCAGUCCAUAAUGCCUUAUUAUUAUUAUGGAUUUGGUGAUUAUUUUCAUACAUUAUCUUGUAUUUGCAUAUAUAUAUAUAUACACUGCAUACAGUGUUUAAAUUAUUGUUCUGUAUAUAAAAAGUAUUUUAAUAUAAUAAAUUAUCUACUGAAAACUGUUACAACUCAGAUUGUAAGAAUAAAAGUAUUGUUUUUAAA